ACCACAUUCCCAACUUUAUGUUUGUCGUUCAUAAUAUUACAUAAUUAAAUUAUUAAAUUUACAUAAUUAUACAGCUAAAAAUAAAUCAGACUCCCACCGAAACUUCACAGCGUAAGUAUUCGCAUCUCACAAACCAAAUUAAAAACGCCAAAAAUCAAACAAGUAAAGCAAAACCACUUGAAUAAGGAAAAAAACACCACCCAUCUCAAAUUCCCACUUAGUACAGCAAUCUAACUCGGGCGUCUACAGUUGGAGGAAGCAAUAUGCACGCAAAGACGGAUUCCGAGGUCACGAGUUUAUCGGCCUCAUCCCCAAACCGAUCGCCACCACGGCGGCCAGUUUACUACGUGCAGAGUCCAUCACGGGACUCGCACGACGGCGAAAAGACAACCACAUCAUUUCAAUCAACACCAGUGCUGAGUCCUGCCGGCUCUCCGCCGCAUUCUCACUCUUCAGUGGGGCGCCAUUCUAGGGAAUCCUCCUCCACUCGAUUCUCCGGUUCCCUCAAACCCGGAAGUGGGUCUCGCAAGAUCUCCCCUAAUGACGGCGGAUCUGGCGGCGGUAGAAAGGGUGUUCAGAAGAAGAAUCAGCAGCCAUGGAAGGAGUGUGAUGUUAUUGAAGAAGAAGGGUUAAUUGAUGAUGAGGAGAGACAGAAGCCUAUGCCUCGCCGCUGUUAUGUGCUGGCUUUCAUUUUGGGUUUUUUUGUUUUGUUUUCUUUCUUCUCUUUGAUCCUCUGGGGCGCUGCUCGCCCUCAGAAACCCAAGAUCACCGUAAAGAGCAUAAAAUUCGAUAGAUUCAUAGUAUCAGCUGGAUCAGAUGCUACGGGAGUCGCAACAGAAAUGGCAUCAGUGAACUCAACCCUUAAAUUCAUGUACCGCAACACGGCUACAUUUUUCGGGGUCCAUGUUACUUCAUCUCCUUUAGAUCUAGCUUAUUCUCAAAUAAACGUCGCCACCGGAAAUUUGAAGAAAUUCUACCAGUCCAGGAAGAGUCAGAGAACAAUGAAUGUGCAAAUAUAUGGGGAUAAAAUUCCGCUGUAUGGAAGUGGGCAGAGUUUAGCAGGUACAUCAACCGGCGUACUGACAGCGCCAGUAAAUAUGACAUUAAGCUUUACAGUUCGAUCAAGAGCUUAUGUAUUGGGAAGAUUGGUGAAACCCAAAUUCUACAAGAAGGUUGAUUGUACAGUUGUGUAUGAUCCUAAGAAGCCUAAUUCUGCUAUUUCCCUCAAGAAAGCGUGCACUUAUCAAUAAUCAUCCAAACUUGAGAUGCUUUUAAACUUCUUUUUCUCCUAUUUGGUUUAUUUUUGGUUGCAACUUUACAUAAUAGAGUUAUCAAAUUAUCAAUCAUCAAUGUAUCAAGGUAUUGUGCAAAUACUUAAUUUUGGUUGUGACUUUAGAUACGAGAGGGUAACUUUUUGCUCAUUUUAUCAUUUUUAGACCGUUUAAUACCUUCCCUACCAUUUAUAUUUUGAUAAAUGAGUAAAAAUUGUCCUGGCUAUCUAAUUCUAACCAUUUUAGGUGUUCUAAUCGAGAAGAAUUUGGUCGGUGCUCUAUAAUGGCAAAUUACUGGCAAGGGUUAGUUGGUGUCGGUGGGGAGCUUCUUUUUCUGUAGAUCUGGGAGAACAUUUUUAUAUAAUAUAUAUAUAUAUUUUUUUAUAAUAA